ACUGUCAGCAUCAAUAAGGCCAUUAAUGCUCAGGAAGUGGCUGUCAAGGAGAAACAUGCCAGAACAUGCAUCUUGGGCACGCACCACGAGAAGGGAGCACAGACCUUCUGGUCGGUGGUGAACCGGCUGCCGCUGUCAGGGAAUGCCGUGCUCUGCUGGAAGUUCUGCCACGUCUUCCACAAACUCCUCCGGGAUGGCCACUCGAAUGUCCUGAAAGACUCUGUGAGAUACAAGAACGAACUGAGUGACAUGAGCAGGAUGUGGGGCCACCUGAGCGAGGGCUAUGGGCAGCUCUGCAGCAUCUACCUCAAACUGCUGAGAACCAAGAUGGAGUUUCACACCAAGAAUCCCCGCUUCCCUGGCAAUCUCCAGAUGUCCGACCGGCAGCUCGACGAGGCAGGGGAGAACGACGUCAAUAACUUUUUUCAGCUGACAGUGGAGAUGUUCGACUACCUGGAGUGUGAGCUGAACCUCUUCCAGACGGUGUUCAGUUCCCUGGACAUGUCGCGCUCGGUGUCGGUGACGGCCGCGGGGCAGUGCCGCCUGGCCCCUCUCAUCCAGGUCGUCCUGGACUGCAGCCACCUCUACGACUACACUGUCAAGUUGCUCUUCAAGCUCCACUCCUGUCUGCCGGCAGAUACACUGCAGGGCCACCGGGAUCGGUUCCUGGAGCAGUUCAGAAAGCUGAAGGACCUCUUCUACCGCUCCAGCAACCUGCAGUACUUCAAGCGGCUGAUUCAGAUCCCGCAGCUGCCGGAGAACCCGCCCAAUUUCCUGCGUGCCUCAGCGCUGUCAGAGCACAUCAGCCCUGUGGUGGUCAUCCCCGCCGAGGCAUCCUCACCCGACAGUGAGCCCAUCACAGACUUGGUGGAGAUGGACACAGCCUCACAGAGCCUGUUUGACAGUAAGUUUGACGAUGUCUUCGGCAGCUGUUUGAGCAGUGACCCCUUCAACUUCAACAGCCAGAACGGGAUGAACAAGGAUGACAAGGACCGGUUAAUCGAGCAGCUUUACGGGGAGAUCGCAGCCCUGAAGGAGGAGCUGGAGAGCUUCAAGGCUGAGAGUGCACGGGGCAUGAUGCAGCUGCGUGGUCGCGCCAGCGAGCUGGAAGCUGAGCUGGCCGAGCAGCAGCACCUGAAGCAGCAGGCACAGGAUGAGAGCGAGUUCCUGCGCACGGAGCUGGAGGAGCUGAAGAAGCAGCGGGAGGACACAGAGAAGGCACAGAGGAGCCUGACGGAGAUCGAAAGGCGCGCACAGGCCAACGAGCAGCGCUACAGCAAGCUAAAGGAGAAGUACAGCGAGCUGGUGCAGAACCAUGCCGACCUGCUGCGGAAGAACGCGGAGGUGACCAAGCAGGUGACAGCGGCCAGGCAGGCCCAGGGGGAUGUGGAGCGGGAGAAGAAGGAGCUGGAGGAUUCCUUCCAGCGGGUGAGCGAGCAGGCUCAGAGGAAGGUGAGUGGGAAUGGAGCAGGAGACAUGCCAGGAAUGGCUGGGGGAGCUCCCCACUGGGGCUCUGGUGCCAACCUCUCUUCUUGCUGGCAGUCUCAGGAGCAGGCAGAGGUGCUGGACACACUGAAGAGGGAGCUGGCAGCCAGCAGACAGGAGCUGCAGGUCCUCCAGGGCACACUGGAGUCCAGCACACAGGCAGGAGCGGAGCAGAGCACCCGAAUUGCCGGCCUGGAGCAGGAGAGGGACAGUCUGAGCCGGGCAGCGGAGCGGCAUGGGGAGGAGGUGGCUGCCCUGCACGCUGAGCUGCAGCAGAUGCGGGACAGACUUGGGCGCGAGCAGGAGAGCAGCAAGAUGGAGCUGGAGGUGUUGCAGGCCCAGCUGAGAGAUAAGGAGAGCAGGGAGCAGGCGCUGCAGCAGCACGUGGCUGAGGAGCAGUUUGCCCUGCUGCAAGGCACC